AUGGACGAAGAAAAAAUAUUUCAAGGAAUUAGCUAUGCCCUUAGCGGUGUCUUUGCAAGCGUCGUUAUAGUUUGGGGACUGACCGGGAACGCUUUGUCCUUCGUUGUGCUACUGCAGCCUCAAAUGCGAUCUCCGAUGAGCACAUUCCUGUCUAUUCAGGUGGUUUGGGACACGUUAGUUUUACUCGGGACAUUAUUUCUGGUAACCUUGCCAGCCCUCUUUCCAUACUUCCGGGACUAUUGUCAUCCGUAUGUUAUCAUUUACGUCUACCCUGUGUGGAUGAUUGCUCGAACGUCCUCUAUCUGGACGACCGUGGGCUUAACAGUAAUGCGGUAUAUCGUCGUUUGCCAUCCGCUGAAGGGGAAAAUGAUCAUUAAUGAGGAACUCGGAUGGAGAGUUCUCUCCGAAGUACGGAUUGUAUUGGUUACACUAAACAGUGCGAUAAACGUUCUCGUUUAUGGUGCAAUGGGAAGGAAGUUUAGACAUGCAUUUAAAUGUACCUUCACAUGUAAUCACGAUACAAGAAGAUACACGAGGUGGAUAUAUCACCCAGUUGGGAGUAACCUGUCUCCAUCGGCUUCGCUUGACAACUCACCAUUGUCAAUUGCACUUCGUGCAUUUCGAUUUGAAGUCCCGGGACAAGGUCAAUUAAAUGUCACAGUCGAAUGUCCGUGA